CUUUAAGGGAUAGCCCUCGGCAGCGGCGCGGCGCACGCUCCCGGAACCCCAUGGGCAGCUUCUCCUGCGGGCGAUGAUGGAGAACCUAAUAAGGGGAAGGAAUCCCCCACAAUACCAGAGAAGUCCUUGUAAAGAGGUUCGUGCAGCACUUCGGAAGAGGCCUGAAGAGGAGUUGCAGUGCCUGGAGAUGACCACCAAACGGAAGAUCAUUGGCCGCCUGGUGCCAUGCCGAUGUUUCCGGGGUGAAGAGGAAAUCAUCUCAGUGUUAGACUACUCCCAUUGCAGCCUGCAGCAGGUGCCAAAGGAGGUCUUUAACUUUGAGCGAACAUUAGAAGAGCUUUAUCUGGAUGCCAAUCAAAUUGAAGAGCUACCCAAGCAAUUGUUCAACUGUCAAGCUCUACGAAAACUCAGUAUUCCCGAUAAUGACCUUUCAAGCCUGCCAACCUCCAUUGCUAGUUUAGUUAAUCUUAAAGAACUCGACAUCAGCAAAAAUGGUGUACAAGAAUUUCCAGAAAACAUAAAGUGUUGUAAGUGUUUAACAAUUAUUGAAGCCAGUGUCAAUCCCAUUUCUAAACUCCCUGAUGGCUUCACGCAGCUUCUAAACUUGACCCAGCUCUACCUGAAUGACGCCUUUCUUGAAUUUCUUCCAGCCAAUUUUGGAAGACUUGUCAAAUUGCGGAUCUUGGAGUUAAGAGAAAACCACUUGAAAACUCUACCAAAGUCAAUGCACAAACUGGCCCAGUUGGAAAGACUUGACCUAGGCAAUAAUGAAUUCAGUGAGCUGCCUGAAGUUCUGGAUCAAAUACAAAAUUUAAGGGAGCUGUGGAUGGAUAAUAACGCAUUACAAGUGCUGCCUGGGUCUAUAGGGAAGUUAAAGAUGUUGGUAUACCUGGAUAUGUCAAAAAACAGGAUAGAAACAGUUGACAUGGAUAUUUCUGGCUGUGAAGCUCUUGAAGACCUCUUACUGUCAUCCAAUAUGUUGCAACAGUUGCCCGACUCUAUAGGACUGUUGAAAAAACUGACUACUCUAAAAGUAGAUGACAAUCAACUUACAAUGCUACCCAAUACACUGGGAAAUUUAUCUUUAUUAGAAGAAUUUGACUGUAGCUGUAAUGAGCUGGAGUCUCUGCCUUCUACUAUUGGCUAUCUUCAUAGUCUUCGAACAUUAGCAGUUGAUGAGAAUUUCCUUCCAGAAUUGCCCAGAGAAAUUGGAAGCUGCAAGAAUGUAACAGUGAUGUCCCUCCGCUCCAACAAGCUGGAAUUCCUUCCUGAAGAAAUUGGACAGAUGCAGAAGCUGAGAGUUUUAAAUCUGAGUGAUAACAGACUGAAGAAUUUACCAUUCUCUUUUACCAAACUUAAAGAGCUUGCAGCAUUGUGGCUUUCUGACAAUCAGUCCAAAGCCCUUAUCCCUUUACAAACAGAAGCCCAUCCGGAAACGAAGCAGAGGGUCUUGACGAACUACAUGUUUCCCCAGCAACCUCGUGGUGAUGAAGAUUUCCAGUCAGACAGUGACAGCUUCAACCCAACACUGUGGGAAGAACAGAGACAACAACGCAUGACCGUUGCCUUUGAAUUUGAGGAAAAAAAAGAAGACGACGAAAAUGCUGGGAAAGUUAAGGGUCUCUCCUGCCAAGCCCCCUGGGAAAGGGGCCAGCGUGGGAUUACUCUCCAACCUGCCAGACUGUCUGGCGAUUGCUGCACACCAUGGGCCAGGUGUGAUCAGCAGAUCCAAGAUAUGCCCGUCCCCCAGAGUGACCCACAGCUGGCAUGGGGUUGUAUAAGUGGCCUCCAGCAGGAAAGGAGCAUGUGUACUCAAUUACCAGUGGCAGCGCAGUCCACCACUCUUCCCUCUCUAAGUGGCAGACAGGUUGAAAUAAACCUAAAACGAUAUCCAACUCCUUACCCAGAGGAUUUAAAGAAUAUGGUAAAAUCUGUUCAAAAUCUGGUGGGUAAGCCGAGCCAUGGAGUGCGUGUUGAGAAUUCAAAUCCAACUGCUAACACGGAGCAAACUGUGAAAGAAAAAUUUGAACACAAGUGGCCGGUGGCCCCAAAGGAGAUUACAGUGGAGGAUUCUUUUGUUCAUCCAGCUAAUGAAAUGAGGAUUGGGGAACUUCACCCUUCAUUAGCUGAGACCCCUCUGUACCCACCCAAACUUGUUCUGCUAGGGAAGGACAAAAAAGAAUCAACUGAUGAGUCUGAAGUUGACAAAACUCACUGUCUGAAUAACAGUGUUUCCUCAGGCACUUACUCAGACUACUCGCCCUCCCAGGCUUCCUCAGGAUCCUCUAACACCCGGGUUAAAGUGGGGUCCUUGCAGACAACAGCUAAAGAUGCAGUUCAUAAUUCUUUGUGGGGUAACAGGAUUGCACAGUCUUUCCCACAGCCUCUGGACGCAAAGCCAUUACUCAGCCAGCGGGAGGCUGUUCCCCCGGGGAAUCUGCCACAGCGACCUGAUCGGCUGCCAAUGAGUGAUGCUUUUCCUGACAACUGGACUGAUGGCUCCCACUACGACAACACGGGCUUUGUCGCUGAGGAGUCCGCGGGCGAGAGCGCCAACAGUAACCCUCUGUUAAGCGCGAAGGCAAGAAACGCAGCUCCUCAUGGACGCAGGCCUCUGAUCAGGCAGGAGAGGAUUGUUGGUGUCCCCCUGGAACUGGAACAGUCCACGCACAGACACACACCAGAAACAGAAGUGCCUCCUUCCAAUCCCUGGCAGAAUUGGACCAGAACCCCUAGUCCGUUUGAAGACAGGACUGCUUUUCCCUCCAAAUUAGAGACAACCCCUACGACUAGUCCUUUGCCCGACAGGAAAGAACAUCUGAAAGAAUCUACGGAAAUACCCAGCCCUUUUUCUCCAGGAGUGCCAUGGGAGUAUCACGAUUCCAAUUCCAACAGGAGUCUUGGUAACGUCUUCUCUCAAAUCCACUGCCGCCCGGAUUCUUCUAAAGGUGUUAUUUCAAUUAGCAAAAGCACAGAGAGGCUUUCCCCACUUAUGAAAGAUAUAAAGUCCAACAAAUUCAAAAAGUCGCAGAGUAUCGAUGAGAUUGACAUUGGUACCUACAAGGUUUAUAACAUACCAUUAGAAAACUACGCCUCUGGGAGUGAGCACUUAGGAAGCCACGAACGACCGGACAAGAUGCUGGGCCUAGAGCACGGCAUGUCCAGUAUGUCUCGAAGCCAGUCCGUGCCCAUGCUGGAUGACGAAAUGCUCACUUACGGAGGCAGUAAGGGGCCGCAGCAACAGAAAGCUUCUAUGACAAAGAAAGUCUACCAGUUUGACCAAAGCUUCAACCCUCAAGGAGCCCUGGAAGUGAAAGCUGAUAAGAGGAUCCCGCCCCCUUUCCAGCACAAUUCGGAGUAUGUGCCACAGCCCAGCAAAAACAUGGCCAAGGAUCUGGUCAGCCCCAGGGCUUACCGAGGCUACCCACCCAUGGAGCAGAUGUUUUCCUUCUCCCAGCCCUCUGUCAACGAGGAUGUUGUGGUGAACGCGCAGUUUGCAAGCCAGGGGAGCCGCGCCGGCUUCCUGAGGAGGGCUGACUCCCUGGCCAGCUCCACGGAAAUGGCCAUGUUCCGCAGGGUCAGUGAGCCCCACGAGCUGCCCCCCAGCGACAGGUACGGCAGACCCGCAUAUAGGGGAGGGCUGGAUCGCCAAAGCAGCGUGUCAGUGACUGAGUCCCAGUUCCUCAAGAGGAAUGGCAGGUAUGAAGAUGAACACCCUUCAUAUCAAGAAGUGAAAGCGCAGGCGGGAAGUUUUCCCGUUAAAAACCUUACCCAGAGGAGGCCGUUAUCGGCCAGAAGCUACAGUACAGAGAGUUACGGGGCCUCCCAAACCAGGCCAGUUUCAGCUAGGCCUACUAUGGCAGCUCUUUUGGAAAAAAUACCAUCUGACUAUAACUUGGGUAACUAUGGUGACAAGCCAUCAGAUAACAGUGAUGUAAAGACGAGGCCUACUCCUGGGAAGGGAGAGGAGAGCUGUGGUAAAAUGCCGGCAGACUGGAGACAACAGCUGCUUAGACAUAUAGAAGCUAGAAGGUUAGACAGGAAUGCUGCUUACAAACACAACACAGUUAACCUUGGCAUGCUGCCCUAUGGAGGUAUUUCAGCAAUGCAUGCAGGCAGAAGCAUGACUUUAAACUUGCAGACUAAGUCUAAAUUUGAUCAUCAAGAACUACCUCUUCAGAAAACCCCGUCCCAGCAAAGCAACAUUUUAGACAAUGGACAAGAAGAUGUAUCUCCUAGUGGCCAAUGGAAUCCUUAUCCACUUGGGAGGCGGGAUGUACCUCCGGACACCAUUACUAAAAAGGCAGGUAGCCACAUCCAGACUUUGAUGGGGUCCCAAAGCCUUCAGCAUCGCAGCCGGGAGCAGCAGCCAUACGAGGGAAGCAUAAACAAAGUGACCAUCCAGCAAUUUCAGUCACCACUGCCUAUUCAGAUCCCCUCCUCACAGGCCACCCGGGGACCGCAGCCUGGACGGUGCUUAAUUCAAACUAAAGGGCAAAGGAGUAUGGAUGGCUACCCAGAGCAGUUUUGUGUGAGAAUAGAAAAGAAUCCUGGCCUUGGAUUUAGUAUCAGUGGUGGAAUUAGUGGGCAAGGAAAUCCAUUCAAACCCUCUGACAAGGGUAUCUUUGUUACUAGGGUUCAGCCUGACGGGCCAGCAUCCAACCUCCUGCAGCCUGGUGAUAAGAUUCUUCAGGCAAACGGACACAGUUUUGUACAUAUGGAACACGAAAAGGCUGUAUUACUACUGAAGAGUUUCCAGAACACAGUAGACCUAGUUAUUCAACGUGAGCUUACUGUCUAAAUAUUUUUUUAUAAAUAGUGAAGAUAUGUCUAGCCAGACCUAAUGUUCAAAAAGAAAUUUAUACAUAGAAACAAAUUUUGCCAAUUGCUGGACCAAUGGCAAACAUUAGUGCCAAAUGUAUAAUACUGUAUGUCAGCACUGAUCAUCCUUAAAAAUGUAACUCUAUAAAUACGAUGUUCAUGUGGUUAUGUACAAGUUUUAAUUGUCAGCCUCGGGCUGUGCAUUGGUGCAGUUUUGGUUUUGUUUUUUAAUCAAAAUCAGUUUCUUCUCAAAGUAGAUUUCAUAUAAUUUCAGAGCACGGAAGCACACACAAGCUCUUUAUGAAUUCUGUUCUCCAUCAGAAACACUGCCUCAAAGUUGUAUAUGCCUUUAUAUAGAAAAUACAAGUAUAAAGAAUUGUAAUUCCCAUAAAAUAUUUCUAGCACAAGGUAUAUGUUGGCAUAUAUACAAAAAGAAUAUAGAGAAAAACAAUAUUUUCAUAAACUAAACAUCUCGGAUUGAGAAAGAAAAUAUAUCUUAAAAUAAGACUUUACUAUAUUGAAUCUUUUUCAAUAAAAAUUACGUGAUAAUGCCUUAUGAAAGUAACUGUACAUAUGGUAUAAAGUGUUUAUAUUUGGUUCCAUAUUCGUUUGCUAAAUUCUCAUAACACAGAGUGAAAUAUUUCAUAAAUGAUCCACUUAUCUCUGGGACCUGAAUAAGAUAGGACAAACUAAUCUGUUCAAUGCCUUUAGCUAAUUAUAAUACAUGCAGAGCUAAGAAAUAGACCAAAAGUCAUUGUAGAGAGGCCUUUUUUCACCACAAACUCAAGCCGUGAGUGAUGGGUGGCAGAAAAGCACUGUUUUAUUUCUUUCAAGGUGAUGUUGAUUAUAUAAACUGUAGCCCCUGUUAUUUCUUUACUUGCCAAUGUGGAAUUUAUUUGUGUGCUGCUUUGCAACUUAAGAAAUCUAUCAUUAAGGAGGACUUUUCAGAAGCUUAUGAUGACUAAUUUAAACACUUCAGUAUUUAAGUAUGAAACUUCAAAUAUAAUGUCUCAGAGCUGUGGCCUAUUUGUAUUAUUAAUUUCCAUGCCAACUUUUGUGAACAGAAAUACAUAAAACAUUUCUCCUCCAAAGGUUUCAAGGUAUAUAACAUUUUGAAUAUUCUCACUAGACAAGCAUGUUUGAUGUAGAAAUUAUUUACUUUGACAUGGGAGCUGUUUUGUCUCUGAAUGAUCAAAAUUCAUUUUAUGAUCCUUUAAAAAUACUUCCUUAUAUAUUAUUUUAAUUUGAUUAAAAUAUUAAUUUGAAAUUCGAAAACAAUUCCCCAGAAUUGGUUGUAUGCAUUCUCCCUCACAUUUCUACAUAGGUUAUACAUAUACAUAGUGGGUUUACUUUACAUGGUAGUGUUUUAAACAUUCUCUUGGGAUUUUACAAUAGAAUCACACAUCGAUGUCACCAGAGCUCUGAGAAUAAUAUUUGUAAGUUAAUGUUUUCUGGGGACAUUGAAAAUAUUGUAUUUUUAUAGGGUCUAUUAAAAUGAGUGUCACUUAUUAGAAAUACAGUGGUAUUUUUUGGCAUAGAAUUUGUCACUUGAAGCCAAAUGAUACUUCAUUUUAUAGAUGAUGCACUAACUUUUAUGUUGCUUUAUAUCAGGGUGACAUGAUGCCAUGAUUUCAUAGGCUUUGACAGUUAGCUAACAAUUACACAACUAGCCUAUUUAUUAUAUUUCCCAGGAGUAACUUUUAAAUGCAUUUUCAUGUAUUGAAAGUUUCUGGUGAGACAUGUCAUUCAGAGCCUGAUUUUCCUUAUCAACACCUCAUGCCACACUACUGUAUCCAGGUGUUUUAGAACGGUCAUCAUUAAUCAAGAGCGAGGGCCUCCAGGGCCUUGUGAGAUCACUUAAAGGAAAUACGGACUCAUGAAUGAUGAAACAUCUCAAGUCAUCAUGUCCGUGUGGUUUAAUUUUUCAUGGGAGGGGAGAGGGAAGAAAGAGCCAGAGGUAGGGUUCCCCAGGUCUCUCUUCUCUGUUAGAUUCGCACAGCGACCCCAGGGCUUGAGAAGAUACUCCUGAGGUCCUGAUCUAAGACCAGGACCCUCAUAAACACCUGCCACUCCUCCACAAUGUGGUGGCUUGGGUUAAUUCCUUAAUAAUUCCUGUUCAGCAGUUCAGAAAUGAGGGAAAGAGGAAAAGGGCCCCUCACCACCUGGAGAAGGAAUCCAAUAUGCCAGAGCACCUCGUUGUCCAUUGUAUUAUUGUGCUGCAUACCGAAGAGAAGCCUUUCUUGGUUAAACUUUCCUGAAGUGAAGUAUUGAUCACUUCAAGGAUAAAAGUUCUAAUCUGUUUUAUAGGUGACUAAAAAUGAACAAUUGAUUUUUGAGUAUUGACUUUUGAAGGUGCGGGGUUUAUUGAUUUGCUGCCUGAAACUAGAAUCUGGUUCAUGUCAACAGUAACAAAAGAAUUCAAGGGGAUGAAUUUAGAAAGAAAAAGGAAAAGGAAAACAGCAGUAAUGAGAGGAGUUCACAACGGCUCCAGUAGAUUCAGCCCCUUGGUUUCUAUUGGAAUUUUCCUGCUGAGGAAGCUGUUUGUACGAGACGGGUCAGUCAGAUGUCAUGGAAGGGAUUGAGAAAGCUUACAGGUGCGAAGACCAAAUGCUGAAAAUUACUGGCAGAAUUGCUGCAGAUUUUGUAAGUCAAACAGGGAUUAGUUUUAGGCAUUUAAAGAACUAUUCACAAGACUUAAAUACUUUGUCAUGAAAGCUUUCUUAGGAUAAUCUCGGCACUCUAGACAACACAAGUCACCUAAAUCUAAAAUAAUUUCAAAAUGUGUAUCAUUUGCACAAGGAAUACUGUUUGCAUCUGACUAAUUGGUGUCCUGCUUACUUAGAAUUUUAAUUAUGCAGACCACACACAAUCUCCACUGUUCCUGAACCUGACUUUGGAGUACCACCUUUGGAACAGAAAACUGCUCUGAACAGGGGGUAAUAAACCAACACUUGUCUUUAAUCUUAAAGAUGACUGCACACGUACCACUAAUAUAAUUGCUUAUUUAAAGGCAGAACUGAAAUAUCUUUUACCGUGUGAGGUAAAGAAGUGAGAAAAUAAAUUUCCAUUUUCAAAUAUUAAAUGAGAAGUAUUUAAAUAUGCUAUAAUGAUUAGCUAAAGAAAACCAGAGAAAUGUAUUUGUAAUCAUAAAAUCUAUUUUAUAUCUCUAUUAAAAUUUAAGGCUUUGGGAAAAUAGUACUCUUGCCAGCUGUCCUUCCGGUGGCAUUGAGGGCUGCCCUUGAUCAACUCCCGCCCCUUGUGGGCGCGCAGGGUAACAAACGUCUAUUCUGACGUCCACUCUUAUUAAUGUGGCAUAACCAGGUGAAAACCCAUACUGGCGUAGGACUGCCACCGUAGGUCCUUGUAAAUUCAGUCAGACAACGCAUCUGGCUGAUUCCUCAAAAACCUGACACAACGGCAGAUUUACCAGAACCCUGCAUUAAGAGAAAGGUUAGAAAUUAUACAAACAGUACAAUCCAGUAAACUAAGAGGAUGGCUCCUUCAUCUAGUGUAAAGAAAAGCCAGGUGAGGCUCCAGUGAAAUUGCUCUCACAGAAAUGUUGAAUUUCUCUGAGCCCGAUAGAAUGCUCAAAUACUGAGUCAGCGAUGUGCCCUUUCUAUAAUUGUAGCAAUCAAUUGUAGCCAUCAACUAGAAAUUGGCAAAAAAUUUCCAGAUUCAAGAUCAGUUGUACUUCUUGUUUUCCUUGGCAAUAGAACCUCUUUUUAUUAAGAAAUGCAUCGUGCUUUUCUCAUAAUAUUUCCCAUCAUCUCCUUGUCACACAUUAGGGCAAGAAAAUAGGACGUGGGGUGUGGAGAAUGGGGCGCGCUGUGGAAACGGUCAGGUUAGCGUUGUAAAUCCCACAUCCGGGCCCUGGAGCCAUGCUUUCAGCUCCAUUUUUAUCCAAACCAUUCAGAGAGCACAUUUUCCCAGGCACCCAGAGGUAUGAAACUAAGCCAGGUGCCAUCGAGUUUUCCGGUUCCACCCUGAAACUUACAGGACUGACCUCUCUCCCUCGCUGCUGCUCCAGGCCCAGCCUCCAGCUCCUGUGCCCCUCGAGGCCGUGGAUUUCUUCUUAUUUCCCACUGAGAAAUAAGCGUAAGUCCCCCUUCGCGCUCUCACUGUUCAGAGACCCUUGAGUGUCAGCCGAUGGCUUCAGCUUUCACUGUGGGAGGAACUUUCUUAGGUGGUCAAGGAACCAGGCAUAGUGGCAUUGACCAAAGCCCCAAGGUCGCUGCCAAUAAAAAUGAAAUUUAGAGGCGAAGGUUGAGGGUGGCGAUGCCUUCAGAGAACUCUUUCCGUUUUAUUUUUUUCUGUUUUUUAAAUGUUGGAUUUUGCCAUAGUGAGGGACUUUCUCUGGGCCUUCUAAAAUGAAAUCAUAAAAUUCUUCUCUUUUGCGUUCCUCCAAAAUGCCCCCUGGCUGGCACCUCCUGUACACUCUCAGGGGAGCACAGGCGCCCGAGGUGCGAUGUAGGAUGCGCUGCUCAGAAAUGCAGUGACUUCAGUGAUCUCUUGUGGUUGCUGGCUAGUAGAACAGGGCCCAGUCUUCCUCAGCUCUAACACUCCUGCAAGGACAAAGGCUUUGAAACUCUCCGAGGGGACAUAAACAGCCCGGCUUCUGCUUUGGAAAAUUCAGAGGGCUCUGAAACAGGAGUGGCAGGCAGAGUCUAAGUUUUGAGGGAACAUGAAGUGAAAACAGAGGAACAGUGACCCCCUGGGUUUUAACUGCAUGUUCAUUUCAAACCGCCCUGAGAGGAGUUCUGUGAGAAACAAGGAGAAAAGAAAAAUAAUUUAGUAGUGCCAACUUUUAAGGCGUUUCUUCAGCUAAUUGGUUUCUCCAGUUGGAUUCUGGGUAGGGCCGCCAUCUUGUGCUCUUUGUGACAACAUAUUAAAUGCUGCCUAAGGAUAAAAAAAAUGACUUAAAUUUAAGGCUGUCCCACAUUAUGUGGGUAUUUCUGUGGGAGUAUCUCCCCAAGCUGACUAACACGUCUUUGGGGGUGCCCAGUUUUGUUCAUGGCAGCACCUCAGACAGUAAACGGUUGUGAAAUUCAGGAAGCAUUUAUAUAGAGAGAAAAUAGUAAAAUUCUGUGACUCUUAUUAGGCAAACAUUGGAACCAACCUUGGCCUGACUCAGACAAAAAGUCGUGGGUCCAAUUUCCACAAGUAAAAAUUUUAAACCUAGCUUUGUUUCCUUUUUAAAAAAAAAAAAAAAAUCUUAUUUUCAUGCUUUAGACUAGUAUAAUUCUCAGUGGGCAUAGGAAUUGGUGCUAAGGAAAAAAGUUAAAUGAAUCCUCCACUAUUUU